AUGGAGGAAAUUAGAAGAGCAAUGCACAAUAUUCCCCUUGCAUUAGCCCUUGCAGCUUUGAUCUUAGCAUCCUUCAUGGCCACUGAAGCUGAUGGAUAUCGACCUCUGCACGAUGCUCCUGAAGGUCCUGAUCCUAUCCAUAACGAAGAAAAGUUUAACUUUAAGCCUCUGCACGAUGCACCUGAAGGUCCUGAUCCUAUCCAUAAUGAUGCAUACUUUAAGCCUCUGCACGAUGUUCCUGAAGGUCCUAAUCCUAUCAACAACGGUGAGGGGUUUAACUUCGAGCCUCUGCAAGAUACUCCUGAAGCUCCUAAACCUUUCCAUAAUGAAGAAAGGUUUAACUUUAAGUCUCUCCACGAUGUUCCUGCAGGUCCUAAUCCUAUUAACAACGGAGAGGGGUUUAACUUCAAGCUUCUACAAGAUACUCCUGAAGCUCCUAAUCAUUUUCAUAACGAAGAAAGAUUUAACUUUAAGCCUCUCCACGAUGUUCCUGCAGGUCCUAAUCCUAUUAACAACGGAGAAGAGUUUAACUUUAAGCCUCUGCACGAUGUUCCUGCAGGUCCUAAUCCUAUUAACAACGGAGAGGGGUUUAACUUCAAGCCUCUACAAGAUACUCCUAAAGCUCCUAAUCAUUUCCAUAAUGAAGAAAGAUUUAACUUUAAGCCUCUCCAUGAUGUUCCUACAGGUCCUAAUCCUAUUAACAACGAAGAAGAAUUUAACUUUAAGCCUCUGCACGAUGUUCCUGAAGGUCCUAAUCCUAUCAACAACUAA